AUGGCGACUCGUCCACUGCAAGUGGCCGUGCGCAUCCGGCCUCCGCAACCACACGAUGGGAAAGCUGGAGCACCUGCAGCUGAGGCAUUAGACGGAUUGACUCUGCAAGCCAAGGAAGGCUCCGACUCGAAGCAGUUUGCAUUCGACAAGGUAUUUGGACCCGAGGCCACUCAGCAUGAGGUGUACUCGUUUUGUGCCCUGCCGCUUGUGGAUGCUGUGAUCAACGGGACGAACGCUUGCAUUUUUGCAUUUGGGUGCACUGGAGCGGGCAAGACGCAUUCCAUGCUUGGGCCCGAGGGUGGACGCAAGCAAGCAAAGCAGGAUGGGAUACUUCCACGGGCGGCAGCUGAGCUUUUCAGGCGCAUUGCACGACUUGAGGCAGAAGCCAAAGCUGCAAUCGGAUCCGGUGGGUUUUCUGCCUAUGAAGUGCGGGUGUCCUUUUUGGAAGUCUUUUGCGAGAACGCCUUUGAUCUGCUGAGUGGACCUGUGUCUGCCUCCAGAGAUGCCUCCGGCUCAUGUCAACUGCGGGAGACGACUGAUGGGCGCGUUUACGCCGAUGGGGCCAAGGAAGAAAAGAUUCGGUCCUGUGAGCAGCUACUGGACGUUGUCGCUCAGGGUGCCAAAGCGCGGGCUACGGCAGCAACCGGAGUCCACGCACAUUCAUCGAGGUCCCAUGCCCUGCUUGUCAUGUCAGUUGAGCAUCGCUGGCGAGACGUUGCAGAAACCGAUCCGCAAAAGUACCGUUCGCAGACAGCUCGCUUCACUUUGGUGGACCUUGCCGGUGCCGAGUCGAUGGAACGUUCCCAUGGUGGGAGCGUGGAUGCUGCCGGUGUUGGCACUAAUAUGGGCCUGCUCGUAUUGGGUCGAGUCAUUCGGGCUCUCGCUGAAGGCUCAGAACGAGUGCCCUACCGAGAUUCGACCUUGACACGGCUUAUGCAGAGCAGUUUGGGUGGCAAAGCGGAGACCCAGAUGCUAGCAUGCGUAAGUCCCGCAGAGAUCGAAGCUGCGCUCACAAUGCAAACCCUGAAGUACGCAACCAGUGCUCGGAGCGUCAUUCUGAAGCCGGAAGCUGCCACUGUUACGACAGAGCUUGAAACUGAUCCAAUGCUAGCAGACGUUGAAGACGAUGACAUCUCUCUGAACCGGCGUUGUAUUUGGAUCGAGACUGCUGAUUUCGGCGACGUCUUUGCACGCUGCGUUGGAGACCCGACAGACCCUUUGAUCCUCUAUGUUCACGGGUCGGGGCCGUGCAACAGCUCAAACUUCUGGAGUAAGCUUGUGAUCGAUGUGGCAACUCUGGCCAGCGCAGGCACAGGCGAAUACCCGAGAAGCUACUUCCAUGUCGCCAUUGACUGCCCUGGCUACGGACGCUCGCCAGGUGAUCGGCAAAGCAUUCGAUCGUAUCCAGGAUCCCUCAUCUCCAAUAUUGUUCGAGCACUGGGCCGCAAAACGGUGGCUUGCCUUGUCGGGUCCAGCCAAGGAGCAUGUGCUGCUUUGAAUUGCGCCUUGGAGUGUCCCAAGCUGAUGCAUACUGUUGCUGUUUGCCACCCUGUCGGGCACGCUCCACAUCGGUACGGAGCCAUUUCGCAACCCACCCUUCUGAUCUUCGAUACGGAGGAUGACGGGCACCCCGUGAGUGUUGGACGGCAAAUGCGGCGUCACCUCCCAAACCCGCGAUACUUCGAGUUUACACGGUCGAAGGAUGGAGAUUGGGAGUGCCAUCACAUGGGAGAGGAAAUGAUUUCUAUGCUGCAGGAGAGCUACCAAAGCUGGAAGAACAAAAGGCUUGGCGGGCGCAGAGACAAGGAUCUUCCAGACUUGACACGCGUCGCAGGCGGCUUCAACAGCUGGAACAGCAUACAUGGUGUCGAGUUUGAGCCUUGGGGUGGCUACGAUGCCGAGGAUGAGUCAGCUGAGGACAAGACAGAUAUCAGUGAAAACAGCUGGCGAGCCAGGCUUGACCCCAGUACCAACACUAUUGUCUACGAGAACCUUCUUUCUGGCAGGAUAUCCCGCGUGCGUCCGCCUGGUGCGCAAGUCGUGGUAGAACGCCUGGGCGGGUCUUCGGAGAAGAAGGCUGCCACUGAGGCUCCGUGCACGCCUUUGGAAGCCCAGGCUGAUAAGGAAGAUACACCAGCCAGAGCCGAUGUCGGCCGGGCACUACUACCUCUGUUCGAAGGCGCGGACGAAAACGAUGAUGAAGACGAUGAAGAGCGGCAGGCACGUGAAGAGAAAGAAGCAGCAGCGAUGCUUGAAAUGGAGGCCUCUCAAAGUCAUUGUGACCUCUGUCGCAAACUGCUGGUGCAGCCCAUCCGCUUACAAGCUUGUCGUUGUGCGCUGUGCGGAUGCUGUGCUGAGAUUACAGUCCGGUACAUGCGAGAGUGCCCAGCAUGCGGCUUGCCUGUGGACGUGAAGGGUGGCAAGCCGGUGUCAGAUGUGUCAGCAGGCCUUCUGGCCAAAGUGGAGGCACUGACCUCGACGGGAGGCCCUGAGAUAGAAGAGCAGCAGCAACUGCUGCAGCAGCUGACGGACCUCCGACAGAGUGCACAGCGAAUAGUUCUCCAGUACGGCAAUACUUCCAGCGGGCGUGGCAGCAAGCGUUCGUACACUACUUUUCUGAAGGUUGCUUCGGUAGACGGCAGUUGUCCGAAGGAGGGCUGUGUAGCGAAAGUGGAUUUCAACAUAAAUCCUGGUUAUAGCAAACCGACAUCAACGGCCAAAGAACCGAGCGACAAGUCCCUGGGCUUUACUUUUGAGUAUGCCAUGGCACGGGCCUACCCAUGCCAUAUGACGGUACACUUCAAGAGCGACCUUGGCUUGCCAAAGCUCGUCAUCGAGCACUACGUCAGGGAUGAGGCGAAGACAAGUAGACGAGUGCUUCUCCAGCUUCCCCAUCCACGUUUGCCUCCAGCGGGUGCUCCAAGAAUAACAGAGAAGGAGGUCGUCUUUGAUGCCGAUCCUCCACAGAACGCUUGGUUGUGCUUCCAAGCUGGACGAAGUGUGCUGAAUACGUCGCCCCAGAAUUUCCUCGGUACCGUGACCGGCGUAGCGGUGCCAGAGUCUGCCGCGGUGCGUUCCCGAAGUCGGACGUCCAGCAAGGCUAGCGGAGGUUCUGGCAGAGGCAAGGGCUGA